GAACGAAAAUGAAAAAUAAAAUAAAAUUCCAAGCUAGUAUAACAGUUCCCUCCUCUCCUUCUCCUGGAAGCUUUGGAUUUUUAAGAGAAUAAAUAAAGAAAGUUAUUUUUUCACAAAAUCAAUACUCUCUCCAUCGUUUGGUCUAGUCUUGUAUUGGAUUUGUUAGAAGAUAGAAUUGUAAAAAAAAAUGCCGAUAGAGAUGCCGAAAGGAUUACCAUUCUCAGUGGAUACAUGGAGCCUUUCUUCAAGAAGGAAAAGACAUCAUUUUCUAACUCAUGCUCACAAAGAUCAUUCCGCCGGAAUCUCCAACCAUUUCUCAUACCCUAUUUACUCUACCAAUAUCACCAAAAACUUGCUUCUCCAACAAAUUCCACAGCUUAAUUCUUCAUUGUUUGUCAGAAUAGAGAUUGGGGAACAGCUGGUUUUGGAUGACCCGGAUGGAUCUUUCACUGUUACUGCUUUUGAUGCCAAUCACUGCCCAGGAGCGGUAAUGUUUUUAUUCGAAGGAAAUUUUGGUAAUAUUUUGCACACAGGAGACUGCAGGCUGACCCCUGACUGUCUCCAAAACCUACCAGAGAAAUAUUUAAGCAAGAAAGGAAGAGAACCAAAGUGCCAUCUUGAUUACGUAUUUCUGGACUGCACAUUUGGGAAAUCUUUUCUAAAGAUUCCAAGCAAAUAUUCUGCAAUUCAACAGGUGAUCAAUUGCAUAUGGAAGCACCCAAAUGCUCCUGUUGUAUAUCUAUCUUGUGAUCUUCUAGGCCAAGAAGAAAUACUUGUUGAAGUAUCUCGAACAUUCGGGUGUAAGAUAUAUGUUGAUAAAACCAGCAGUGCAGAAUUCUACCAAGCGCUGACACUCUUAGCUCCAGAGAUCUUGUCCGAAGAUUCAUCUCCACGUUUCCAUGUGUUUGUAGGGUUCCCAAGACUAUAUGAAAGAGCAAAAGCUAAGAUAAUAGAAGCAAGGGCUAAUUCUCAACCCGAUCCUCUCUUUAUCCGGCCCUCCACACAGUGGUAUGCAUGUGAAGAGGAGAGUAUGGAGAUCAUUGAUUGGCAAAAGAAACAGAGAUACAAUGAGGCACAUAAAGAUGCAUUUGGUGUUUGGCAUGUUUGUUAUUCAAUGCACUCAUCCCGUGAAGAACUGGAAUGGGCAUUGCAACUUCUGCAACCCAAGAGAGUUGUUUCAACAACGCCUGAUUGUCGAGCAAUGGAGUUGAAUUAUGUUAGAAAACAACCUUCUUAUGGCUCAAAGGUAGCUUCUGAUGAUCCUCUUUGGAAGCUUCUAAAUAUUGGUUCAGAGGUAGCUCCUACUCCGUCAUCACAGGUAGCUAGCUGUGCAGCAUCUUAUUCUCAUCAAGAGGAGAAUCCAAAACCGAUCUCUGCAGAAGAAUAUAAACCACAGCCGAAUAACAUAGGAUCGUCUAGUAGCAGCAUAGAAAUGCGAUUGAAAUUAUCUCCUCCAAGCACAAGACCCCCUGUCACGUUAUUUGGAAGAGCAAGACAAGGCCUCCAAAAUUCUGGAUUAUUGGUCAAAGAAGCGAAAAAUGUAAGCAUGAAAAUGAACCCUCCGGAUACUUCUAUUGAAAGUGAAGAAAAAGAAAUUAUCCUGUUAGAGGAUGACUCCGCUGAAGUACAAUUUAAAGGUUCAGAAGAGGAAAAGACUGAGGUGAUAGUAAUAAAGAGUGCUGUAUCACCCAGACGUUCUUUCGCUGGACAAACAUUGUCCAAUGGUAGCUUCGGUGAAAAUAUGCGGAAGCUGUACAGGUCGAUGAAUGUUCCAGUACCUCGUCCUCUUCCCUCAUUGGUGGAUCUUAUGAACGCUACUAAAACUAAAAGAGCAAGGAGGUUGGACUUGUAAACUAGUACUAGAGAAUAAACUGUACGGAAUUUAUGCAUAAUUUUUACUAUGAAAGAAACUAUAAUGCAGCAUGGUUGUACUUGUAUCAUGUAAUUGACAACUAUUUAAUUUAACGAAUCAACUUGCUUACCA